UCUUUCUCAGGCAAAGUCAUUUUCUAUAUGUAAAUAAAGCAAAAGCCAACUUUUGUAUGUCUUCAGCAGAUUACCUGAUAGAGGUAUUGACCUCAACUUGAGAACCCUUUUUCUCCCUCCAUACCUCCAACAUAUGCUUCACUUCCUUCCAAAGAUAUAAAUUAAAUGCUUCAAUUUCAACAACUAUUAUAAGGGGACACCCAACACUUCUUUUCUUGAUAUUUUUGUAAGAAAGAAUAGGGUUUACCUUAGUACCCACAAAGAUGUUCAGCAAGAACAAUUACCUGCUCCAGCAGCAGGUUUCUCCCUCUCUCCAUUCUCGUGCCUCUACUUCGAGUUUUGACCUCAAUGGCGCCGAAAUCUUGCUCCACCACCAUCACCAGAUGCUGGCUGGUCAUUACAUGGCUGCCAAUGCUCCGGUUCUUGACGCUGCUACCUUGUUCAAUCAAGACUUGCCCGGCAGCUGCCUGAACGGAGGGGAUCCUAAUUCUGCCUUUUUAAACAUGGGUUCAAGAAAACAAACUCCAAGAAAAGACCGGCACAGCAAAAUCUACACCGCGCAAGGGCCAAGGGACAGGAGAGUUAGGCUGUCCAUCGGCAUCGCAAGAAAGUUUUUUGAUCUUCAAGAAAUGCUAGGUUUCGACAAGCCCAGCAAAACCCUUGAUUGGCUGCUUACCAAAUCAAAGACAGCCAUCAAAGACCUGGUGCAGACGAAGCGAAAUGCAGGUUCGGGCGGUAAGAGCUCUUCUUCUCCUUCUGAAUGCGAGGAAGAGUCUGGAGAGUCUUUCGAGAAUGGGGCAGAUUCAAAGGGAAAAUCAGCUAUUCUAAAGAAUAAAGGAGGAAUGGAUCCACAGCAGACAGCAGUAAACCUUGCCAAGGAGUCGAGGAAAAUGUCCAUCAAACAGCUGAGUACUGAUCAAACCUGCAGAAAUAGUACUGUGUGCUAUGAUCUCAACCCUUCCAUCCCAAUUCAGUACAUGAACAAUCAACUUGAAGUUUGCAAAAUAUCAGGUUCGAAUUCGUGCAGCAACAAUUCCUCCUCGUUGAAUAUGGAUCUUCAUUGUCCCUUAACCUAUGAAGCUGCAGCUGCAAAUGAAGACCUAACUCAAGAAUCCAUCGUGAUCAAGAGGAAAGUGAAGCAUCCCUCAAUUUUCGGAUUUCAUCAACAAAAUCUAAUGGUUUGGAGGGAUUCGAGUUCGAACUGCAGCAUCCCUUCUCCUUAUACUGUCACUGAGAAUUGGGAUAUUAGUAGCUUCACCUCACAAUCCAACUUAUCUGCCAUCUUGGAUCAGCACAAGUUCAACCACAGCACUUCAAACAACUAGGAAAGUAAUCUUGGAGUACUACUCUCUACAGCCAAUUUAAUUAAGAUCAACAUAUUAAUGUUGUUCAUCUGGUGCUUGAGGAAUGUAAGUUCUGCUACCUCUUUUCUUCAGCAAUCUGAACCUUUAAGAAUGUAAUAUAAUUUUGUCCGGAGUUAAAUAUUUCCAAUCUAAUCUACUAUUAAAUGUUCGUGGGUGGGCAUUUAAGUACUAUUUUCCCAUGUUACUUCACUGUAUAUCAUAAAGACAUCAAUUCUUCUGGUUUACUAGG